GUAGUUAUUGGUAGGAUGUAGUAGUCUGCUAGUAAACUUAAUUACUAAACCCGAGAUUUUCUUUAACUGUAAAAUAGCAACAGACAGAAAAUGUUAAAAAGAACAAUAUUAUGGUAUAUGACGUUUUGGGGGUUUGCGAUGAACUACAUGCUUCGUAUGAACCUCAAUAUAGCAAUUGUGUCGAUGGUUAGGUCGGUGCCAAAGAUUGAGAAUACAACUGCGCCAGUUAGUGAGUGUUACGAUACGCUGGAUCCGCCAAGCAAGAAGUUUUUGAACUCAUCGAUAUCAAAAAUUUUGAAACCUGUAGACAAUGACAAUACUUUUGAAUGGGAUGAAAAUCUUCAAAACGAAGUUUUAGGAGCUUUUUAUUGGCUACACACUGUGUUGCAAAUUCCUGGCGGAAUCUUGGCUCAAAAAUAUAGCGCUGCAUUUAUAUUUGGCGUGACUAAUGGAAUUGUUGCCCUUCUUACAUGUAUAAUACCUUACACUACUCAGUGUCAUUACAAGGUAUUAGUGACCAUAAGGAUAAUUCAAGGGUUUAUAGCAGGAGCUUCAUGGCCCGCUAUGCAUGCGUUAACUGGUCAAUGGGUACCACCGAAUGAGAGAAGCCAAUUUGUGUCAUCUUAUUGGGGUUGCUCUUUCGGAACAGCUUUGACGUACAUCGUCUGUGGUUAUAUUAUAAAUUGGUUCGGCUGGGAACUGGUUUUUUACAUAACCGGAGCCAUAGGUUUACUGUGGUAUGCGUGCUGGACUUGGUUAAUUUACGAUUCUCCUGCUAAACAUCCGUCCAUUAAAGAUAAGGAACGAAUGCAUAUUGAAAAAAGUUUGGGAACUACUUAUUUAAAAAAUCAAACGUCAUCAAUACCUUGGAAAUCAAUGUGUAUAUCUGUGCCUUUGAUAUCUAAUAUUGUGUCACAAAUUGGAUCCACUUGGGGAAUGUACACUUUAUCCAUUCAGGCGCCUACUUAUUUUAGAUUCGUAUUAGGUUUUGAUUUGAAACAGGUAGGUAUUUGGACUGGGAUACCACAUCUAUUUUCUUGGCUAUUCUCGCUCGUUUGCGGUUAUGGAUGUGAUUUCUUGAUCAAAUCUAACAUGCUUUCUACAACAAACGUCCGGAAAUUAGCUUGCAUUUUCUGUAAUAUAGUACAAGGCCUAUUUAUUUUGGGACUGGCAUAUUCUGGCUGUAGUUACACAUUAGCCAUAAUAAAUUUGGUAUUUGCUGUGGCUAUGAAUGGUGCGAUGUCUUCUGGACCACUGGCGGGCAUCGUAGACCUAGCUCCUAAUUAUGCUGGCAUAAUGCAGGGCAUUGGUGGAGUGAUAUCUAUGGGUGCUACAAGUGUAUCUCCAGCUAUUGUAGGAUUCUUCACUUAUCAGCGGCAAACUAUUGGUCAGUGGCAAAAAGUUUUUAUUUUGUCAACAUCAUUGUCUUGGAUUACUGGUUUAAUAUACUUAGUGUUUGGAAGUUCUAAUCUUCAAAAAUGGAACAGCAAAGAAAAAAAGAAAAAAUCUGAAACAGCAACUAUGCUAUGAAUUCGACUACGCUGUCCCUGAAAAUCCCUAUGUGUGUAUUAUAGAAAUCGUGUAUUAUAAAAAUGUGCAAA